GAAAGUCGUAGGCGGAAGGAGCUGCUAGCUUGCCGCUGCUGUGGACCAAACGCUGCCCGUGAUGUCUCCGCUCCGCUCGGCCGUCCGGCUCCGUCUCAGAGGCUUUAACUUGUGAUAUCCGGUCCGCGGCUCCUGAAGCAGCUGCCGCCGCUCCGAGCCCCGCAGGGAGUCCCGCAGGAGACCCGCAGGACCCGCCGGCUGCCGGGUGUUAGCCUGCGGAUGCUAACGCUAGCUAUGCUAAAGCCCCGGGCAGCACCGAGAGACUCACCGACAGCAGGAGCCGCUCGUCUGGCGUGAGCCGCAGCUCUUCUCCGGUGGUUUUGUUUUCUAUUUUUAUAGUUUAAAGUGUUCGCUCGACAUGUGGAAGAUCACUUUCCAGGCGCUCUUCGUGUUGGUGCUGGCGUGGUUCUUCGGGAACUUUGUUUUGGGCUGGUUUCAGCAGAGCCCCGUGAAGCCCCGCACGGCGAGCCGAGCGGCGGCGGACGGCCCGGACCAGAGCUGCUUCUGUCACCUGACCGGCGUGCUGGAUGACUGCUUCUGCGACAUCGAGAGCAUCGACGUCUUCAACAACUUCAAGAUUUACCCGAGCAUCAAGAAGCUGACGGAGAGAGACUACUUCAGAUACUACAGGGUGAACCUGAAGAGACCGUGUCCCUUCUGGCCGGACGACGGCCACUGCUCCAUCAGAGACUGCCAUGUGGAGCCCUGCCCGGAGAGCAAGAUCCCGGUGGGAAUCAAAUCUGGGAACUACAACAAGUAUUCCCAGGCAGCGAACUCGGUGUCUGGCCUGAGUGACUGUGAGCAGGCGAAGGAGCUGGGAGCCAUCAACAGCACCCUGAGUAACCAGAGCAAAGAGGCGUUCGCUGACUGGGCCCGGCACGACGACGCGCAGGAUCACUUCUGUGAGCUGGACGAUGAAACGUCUCCAGACGCCGAGUACGUGGAUCUGCUGCUGAACCCGGAGCGAUACACCGGCUACAAGGGCCCUUCAGCCUGGAGAGUCUGGAACAGCAUCUACGAGGAGAACUGCUUCAAGCCCAGGUCGGUGUACCGACCCCUGAACCCGCUGGCUCCGAGCAGAGGAGACGAUGAUGGGGAGGGUUUCUACAACUGGCUUGAAGGCUUGUGUUUGGAGAAGAGAGUUUUCUACCGGCUCAUCUCCGGCCUCCACAGCAGCAUCAACAUCCACCUGUGUGCCGAGUACCUGCUGGACGAGGGGUGGGGCAAGCCGGUGUGGGGUCCCAACAUCCAGGAGUUCCGGCAGCGCUUCGACCCGGCCGAGACGAAGGGCGAGGGCACGCGGCGCCUGAAGAACCUCUACUUCCUGUACCUGAUCGAGCUGCGGGCGCUGUCCAAGGUGGCGCCGUACUUCGAGCGCGCCUUCGUCAACCUGUACACGGGAAACGCCCAGGAGGACGGCGCCACCAAGGAGCUGCUGCUGCAGGUCUUCAACGAGACCAAGGCGUUCCCCAUGCACUUUGACGAGAAGUCCAUGUUCGCCGGCAACAAGAUGGAAGCCAAAACUCUGAAGGAGGAAUUUCGGCUGCAUUUUAAAAACAUCUCUCGGAUCAUGGACUGUGUGGGCUGCAGCAAGUGUCGCCUCUGGGGAAAACUACAGACGCAGGGCCUCGGCACGGCUCUGAAGAUCCUCUUCUCUGAGAAGGAGAUCAAGAACCUUCCAGAGCACAGCCCGUCCAAAGGCUUCCAGCUGACCCGGCAGGAGAUCGUGGCCUUGCUCAACGGCUUCGGCAGGUUGUCCACCAGUAUACACCAGCUGCACAGUUUCCGCUCCCUGUUGAAGCAGAAGAGGUAACAGACCAGCAGGUGGCGCCAGCCCACAGGGAACUGCAGUCGUCUUAUCUUUGCCCAGAAUAAGGCCUUUAUCAGGGACGUCAGGAUCAACACUGAAGCCCAACACACACACACACACACACACACACACACACACACAGCCUCACGUCCCCCCUGCAACAUCCUCUUACUUUUUUUUGUUUUGGGAACACCGAGGUCUCAGAUCUUGAACAGUAACUUACAGGCUUCGUCUCGCCCUGAAACUUUGUCCUUUCCAUCCUCACAGUGACAAAAAACAAAACUUUUCUUUUAUUUCAGCAUUUUUCCCCUCAGUCUUUUUGUUUUUGGGUCUGGAAAAAUAAUUCCAAGUUGAGGAAACGUGGGGGAGGGGAGGUGAACCUGAAACCCACAGAUCCCUGAUGCAGAGGAGAGACUGGGGGGAGUCAGACACGUCGUGUGUGUGACGUGAACGAGACGGGACGUCUUGUUGGAUCUCCUCUGUCUGACUGUUUGACGCCUGUUUGCUCUGCCCUCGACCGACUGGCUUCUCUGUGGGUUUUUAUACUGGAGAGAGAGCCUGAACUGGUCUGAUCCCACAGCCGAGGCCCAGCAGCACGGAGCCAACAGCCUGCUCCUCCAGGAGGGACUCGGACGUCUGUGAUGAAGUGUGUGUGUGUGUGUGUGUGUGUGUGUGUGUGUGGGGAUGAAGCACGCAGGACUCUGCUGCGUCUCUGUUUUCUUUCCUUCCCACCCUCUGCUCUCCUCUGCAGAGAGGAGACGACGAUGAUGAUGAUGAUGAUGAUGAUGAUGAUGAUGAUGCUCCACGCCUGAGGAUCUGGACCAAUCUGCUUCUGUGUAACCAUCUCAGGCCUCACCUGUGUCUGUCAGCUCGAUGCGCUGUGUGUGUGUGUGUGUGUGUGUGUGUGUGUGUGAGUUUGCCUCCAGCCACGAGCAGCUACAUUUUUUUUUUUCCGUGUUUCUUUAGCAAGUCACCAGCCAUCACCUGGAGUCGAGUUUUAUUCUUAACGAGGGCUAAAAUUAAUGAUUCUCCUCAUUGUCGAUCAUCCUCUGGUUAUUUUUUAUAAGAAUAAUAUUAACAACAACAACAACAACAGAAAUAACCCAAACUCUGAAGGGACGUGAUCAGAGCCAAAGUGAUGAUGAUGAUAAUUAUUUCCAUUUUAUAAAGAUAUGAGCAGAGAAAAGGAAGAAAGCUGGAAUCAGAUGAUGUUUGGCAUUUAUACUCGAUAAAUCUCUAAAAUACUUCAUCCGUUAUUAGAAUUAUGAACGAUUAAUUUUCUGUCUAUUAGCCGGUAAAACUCCCAAAGACUCUGGUGAAUUUAGUGACUUCCACUGUAAAAGAGAAGAAAAUGCUCACCUUUUUAUUUGACCUUUAUUUCAGUAUUAUUGUUAUUAUUAUUAUUAUUGUUAUGAGUUGUAAUAUUGUUUUUGUUUUGUUUUGUUUUGUUUUUUUGUUUUGUUUUUUUGAGAGGUGCAGCCCAGUGAAGCUGGAGCUCACUGGACAAAAAAAAAUAUAUUAAGACUUUUUACCUGCUGAUGUGGCUGGUGGACAAACAUGUUUCUACUGUGUGUGUGUGUGUGUGUGUGUGUGUGUGUGUGUGUGUGCUUAAGCGUGUGUGUGUGUGUGUGUGUGUGUGUGUGUGUGUGUGUGUGUGUGUGUAGAUAAUCAGCAGUUGCAGCUCUUGUAUAGUGGACUGAGUGAUUCUCUGAUACCUGUCAGGCGGCUCUGCCUGUUCAGCUGCUGCCGUGUGUCUCCGGUUCGUCUCAGAGCUGCUGGUUAAAUCCAGGAGGCGUCGGGCUCCCGCCUAAUUAAUUAAUUAAUUAAUUAAUUAAUUAAUUGAUUAACGCCCCGUGGUGCUGCUUCAGUUCUGUACGUGGUGAGAAUUGACUUGGAGACGCAGGUAUGGGAGUAGUUUUCCUCAUUUGUGAGGCGCAGCAGCGUUCGCUCACAAAGAGACCAUCCUGGGUUUGAAGGAAGUGCCUCUGAGCAAGGCAGUGCACCUCUCGGGGGGUUCUUGAUUUCAACAGGAGUGCUCUCUGGGACAGGCCGUGUCCACACCAAGCCGUGUAAAUAUACAAACUGCAUCUUUUAUUUUGCCAUUUUCCAUCUUUCCAUGUUAAAUCAGAUCAGAUCACAGAGAGCAGAUGAUCAGUGACAGACUGUGGAACCUUUCACAAUAAAAGCUCAGUUUGCAAAGACGAGAAGAGGAACCUGCUUCUACUUUUAGUCAUUUUCCAAAUUUCACAAUAAAAGCUCAGCCAAAGCAAAGAUGAGAAGAGGAGCCUGCUUCUACUUUUGUUGGUCCUACUUUUAGUCAUUUUCCAAAUUUCACAAUAAAAGCUGCGCCAUAGAAAAACUGCAGCGAGGACCGUUUAGACUCAACUGGCAAAAAAAAAAAAAAAAAAGUGGAAUAAGUGUGGACAAAGAGAACCAUGUGGACUCAACCAUCACAUUACAUGCUUACUCCACAUGUGUCGGUUGAGUCUACAGGGUCCUCGCUUCAGUUUUAGCGUAAUGCCCCUUUAAAAGCGUGUCGCGUGCAGCGUGUUGGCGAGCUUUUGGGAAACUUUUGGACUGACCCGGCUCGGUGUGGACAUGACAGGCCGAGACGUGUGUGUGUGUGUGUGUGUGUGUGUGUGUGUGUGUGUGGUGAAUCUGGGCAUGGAUCAGCCUCUUUAAUAACGGCCAGUGUUGCGGUCUAACCUGACAAACACGCAACGUGAAACAAGCAGUUAAAAAAAUAAAAGCUCGGCCGUGUGAAGGAUUUCCAAGGCAGUUUUCAGUUUUCAGUUUUAAUUUUUACCCUCCGUUGCUAAUUCUUGUCCAGGAGGUUUUGUUAGACGUAAGCGGACCAAAGAGUUUUACUGGCUGCAGUUUAUUUUUUUUGUUUGUUUGUUUGUUUGUUCCUUAAGCCCCUCCUGUUAUCCUCUUAUCUUUUAUUAUGAUAAUUAUUGUUUGACCGUAUAAAAGCGUCGAGUCAUGUUGCUGCUGAGCGCUCGGUCGGCGUGGCGUUCUGCAGACGGCCUGAGCGUCUUCACAGGUGUAGAGAUGAGGGUCAGGCUUUGAAUUUGCUUUGAUUUUGGUGUUUUAAUUGAAAAAAAACAAACAAAAAAAAAAAAAACAGGAUAUAUCGACUCGUCAGUUUGAUCCCGUCAGUGUGACGGAGGUGAGGAGGCUUUGUUGGGAAAUAUUCUUGUGUUCAGUCUCUCCGGUUGUGCAGAUCAGGAGCGUGGAGUCGCCGGGUGUUUGUAGAUGUGAUGAUGUCACGGCUCUUCACUUGUGUGUGUGUGUGUGUGUGUGUGUGUGUGUGUGUGUGUGUGUGUGUGUAUAAUCUCCUCGUUAGCCACAGCACUGGAUUUGUGUCUCUCCAUUCACUUCCACAGCAAAAUAACACUUUCAGCACAUAAACCAACACCAGUGAAGAAGAUUAUUAAAAAAUAUAAACAACAACAAGACCCGGUACCCACUUUUUUCUGGGUGAUCUCGAUGAUCUGGGAAAGAAAAUUUAAAUUUACUGCAGAAGUGUCCUGCCGGAUCUAAUUUCCAAGUGAAAUAAGAAAAAAAAUCCUCUUUGUUGGUGUUUCUGUGCUCAAAGUGUUUCUGCUGUGGAAGUGAAUGCAGAGCAGCUAAUGAGGAGAUUUCACCUCCAUGUGGGCUCACAUCACACCCAGGAGACACACACACACACACACACACACACACACACACACUACAACCAAGGACAAGUUUUGCUCUAAAGGUUUCCGGCAUCUGCUACCCGCAGCCUUAAUCCAGACAACGUGUGUGUAAUCCCUCAGAGGGGCGAACAAAUCCGAGCUGAAGGGACGCGACACAGACGGACGGAGCUGAGGAGUGACGCCUCUCUCCGCCUCAGAGAGCGUCUCUGCAGCUUCUCACCGAGGAAGACAGUCGAGUUAGUUGUCUGGGUGUUUGGUAGUGAGGGGACGUGUGUGUGUGUGUGUGUGUGUGUGAGGAUGGAAGAAACUGUGUGUGAGAGGAACAGUGUGUGUGUGUGGGGUGAAACGUGUGGAAUUGAAAGUGUGUGUGCGGGAGAUAAAAAGCCUGUUUGAAAUCAAGAUGAUGUGCAUCAUGAGAUAGGAAGUGUGUGUGUGUUCGCGUACGUGAAAUAGUGUGUGUGUGUAUGUGAGACAAAGUGUGUUCUUGUAUGAGAUAGAAAGUAAGUGUGUGUCCGUGUGCUUGGGCGUGUGAGAAAGAAAAUGUGUGUGUGUUCAUGUAUGAGAGAGGAAGUGUGUGUUUUUCUGUGGGAGUUAGACUGCGUUAGUGCUUGCAAAAUAGUGUGUAUGUGUGCGUGUGUGGCAGAAGGUGUGUGUGUGUGUGUGUGUGUGUGUGCACGCCUGCCCUGCAUGCUGUACAGCAGCUGUUCGUCCCAUGCAAUCCACUCGUCGCCUUAAAAAAAAAAAAACCUAAAAGCUUCAGAUCGGC